CUUGUUGAGCUUUUGCUGCCCAUUAGUGUAGUCAACUGCUGCGUUGAAAGACUGAAGGGACUUUUUUUUUUUUUUUUAAACAAGGAAUACUUCUCUCCCCAAACAAUUUCCAACAACAUGACCUCUAAUUCCAAUUUAUCCAACAUGCGACGGCUGGUAGAACAACUGAAGCUUGAGGCCAGUGUGGAACGGAUCAAGGUGUCCCAGGCGGCUGCAGAGCUCCAGCAGUACUGUCUGCAGAACGCAGGCAAAGAUGCCCUGCUGGUCGGAGUCCCCACCGGCAGCAACCCUUUCAGAGAGCCACGCUCCUGUGCUGUAGUGUGAAGAGGAAGAAGAAGUGAACACAUCUGUGGCAUCUCACUUACAGAAGAACGGAAUUCUGUUUGGGUUAUUUUUGUUUGUUUUUUACUACUUUUAUAUGAUGUUAAUAUCAUGUUUUUGAAGAAAAACACAUAAAUAUAAAUAUAUCAUUUUACUACAUGAGUGUACUGCCAUACAAAUGUUUUUAACAUUAAAGGGCAUCAUAUACUUCAUGUUAGUCUUUAUUGAAAUACCUUUUGAAAGCUACUGCUGUAUAAGUGUGGUCGCUACUUUACACAGUCAACAGUGGCAGAGUCAUAUAGUGAUUAUCUAUGGAUUAUCCAAAGCGGAUGUUUAUAGCCAGGCUCUAAAUUAUACCCUGGAAUCUCACGGUGUCUGAGCUUCCUGAUAUUCAGUCUAAGUUAGGAGCACAGUGAGAGAGAGGAAACUGGGUCUUCCUGUCCAAAACUGCUGCAGACACUCAACACACAGUUCCACUUCACUCAACCUUUGAGUUUUUUAAAGCGUUUUGGACUCAUUUAUUCUGUUGUACUGAAUUCUAUGUUGGAAACAGAAUAGUAUAUGAAUCAUCAUGGUGUAGAAGUUUUACUCUAUGAAUCAUGUUUUAUUUUGGUUUUAUUUUAGAGUGUUUAGUCAUCUAUGUUGGUGUCUGUUUAUAUCAUUUAUUUGAAUACACUGUUUUAAUGUGGAUCUUGCUUUAUAGAUGUGUGAAGAUGGACAUUGUCUCAGAAACAGUCUAGAACAGCAUAAAAGUGGUCUAGCCAGUCA